UGGCAUUCAGUUUCAGUUCAGCUGAGGUACGCACCGUUCCCGAAUUUCAAUCAAGCGAAAGUAAGAAUGGAUUUUUGGUGGAACAUCAUUCCGAAGGAGGAAAUUUAUAAGAUUCGAUUCCCGCUAAAACUGUGGCUAGUUACGAACGAUCCGUCGAUGACCUAUUUGAGAUGGAACCAAGACUGUACAAUCCUGAUUGUCAACAGUACCGAGCUGAUGUAUAUGUUCACCAUGGGGACAUCGAACAUUUUCAUGUGCAAGACCAUCAAAAACUUUAUUUGGCUUUUGCACAAAAACGCCUUCAAAAGAUGUCCCCCGGAAGUGCUGGAUGAGUCAGAACGCGACAAGAUCAAACCCGAAUGUAUGCUCUUUUGGCAUCCACAGUUUUAUAGAAACAAUCACCCCAUGUUUGACGCAUGGCUUACUGAUUCCGCGAUUCGAGUGCAUGAACCAAAAGAAUCAAAAGGAAGCUGCACAUUACCACCGCGUAUGGAAUUUAUAGUACGAGAAGUGAAUGAAGAAUUCACCCCGAGCAGGACGAAUAUACUGGUCAAGAUGCUGAACUUACGAUUCAAGGCCAGCCAAUCAUUGCGCGAACAGGAAAAUGGUUCUUUCACAAUCCCUGCGGAAAAUGUCGAUUACUCAGUGAUGGAUGUGCCGGACUAUUUUAAAACGAAAGAAAUCGAAGGCAACUAUGGUCCGGUGUCUGUAAGCGAACUGAAGCAAUGCCUUGGCAAUCUACUACCCAUAUCGGACAACGAUUUAGCUACCGAAGAACCUGACGAGGUGGAGGAAAUGUUAGUACUGGAGACGUCGAGCAUUAUAGACGAUUCGAACAUGCUACAAGAAGCUACUGAAUCAAAUUUAGACAUGCAGUACAAUGAUGUACGUGCGCUGUAUGAGAGCGCCGAAUCGUGGACAGAUGCUGACGGAUACUUGUAUGAGGAAUACGAGAUAGGCGAACAAUCAGCUCAAGAGAACACAACGGAGAAUGUAGACGGAGACGAUGAUGGCGAAUCGAUUUUGCUCCUAUCAAGCCAGAACCAACCACAUGAGAAUUUAUCCGAGUACCUGACGAACAGCGUACAGGCUUGCCUUCCUGCAAUUGAUUCCGAAUAGAAAUUCUUAUUUUUAAAAUUAGAUACAAAUAUUUCUUAAUUUAAUACAUUGAUCUUAUUACAAUUGAA